AAGACGAGUCUAUUAUAUAGUUGGAAAAAAAUUGACACCCAAAACGCCUGUCUUUCUUCAUUCAUCCAAACUGAAAAAGAUAAUUAUCUUCUAAAUAAAUCUUUAGGAUGAAAAGUGGUUCAUCAGAGACCAAGAUCUUACAAGAAUUGAUUCUUUAUGCCGCAAGCGCAGCUCUUAGUUGCCUCGUCUUGUUUGUCGGGCUCCGGCAACUUGACCCGAAUCGUGAGGCAUCCAAGAAGGCUCUUGAACACAAGAAGGAAAUUGCUAAGCGAUUGGGUCGACCCCUCAUUCAAACCAAUCCCUAUGAGGAUGUGAUAGCCUGUGAUGUAGUGAACCCUGAUCAUAUAGAUGUGGAAUUUGAUUCCAUUGGUGGGUUGGAAUCCAUUAAGCAAGCAUUAUGUGAAUUAGUAAUUCUUCCCAUGCGAAGACCUGAACUAUUUUCUCACGGGAAGUUACUGGGUCCCCAGAAAGGAGUCUUGCUUUAUGGACCACCUGGGACUGGAAAGACCAUGCUUGCCAAAGCAAUUGCUAAAGAGUCGGGCGCUGUUUUUAUUAAUGUCAAAAUAUCAAAUUUGAUGAGCAAAUGGUUUGGUGAUGCACAAAAAUUAGUUGCUGCCGUAUUUAGUUUGGCACAUAAACUCCAGCCAGCAAUUAUCUUUAUUGAUGAAGUAGAUAGCUUUUUGGGUCAGCGCAAGACCUCCGAUCACGAAGCAUUAACAAACAUGAAAACUGAAUUCAUGGCUUUAUGGGAUGGUUUUACCACAGAUCAGAAUGCACGAGUGAUGGUUCUUGCUGCAACUAAUCGUCCAUCUGAGCUUGAUGAAGCAAUUCUUCGACGUCUUCCUCAGGCCUUUGAGAUUGGGUUCCCUGACUGCAAAGAGAGAGCAGAGAUUCUGAAGGUGAUCCUGAGGGGAGAGAGGGUGGAAGAUAACAUCGACUAUGACCGCAUUGCUAGUUUAUGCGAUGGAUACACUGGUUCAGAUCUUUUUGAGCUCUGUAAAAAAGCUGCCUACUUUCCUAUCCGUGACCUUCUUAAUGACGAGAAAAGUGGAAAGCCUUCCACGCAGGAGCCGAGGCCAUUAUCAGUAUUAGAUUUGGAGAAAGUUAUAGCUACGUCAAAAAAGACACAGGUUGCUGCAAAUGAAUACAACUCCUUACGUUCACAAUUUGUCGGAUUGUCAAGGCAAACAGAGACAGAUGAUUAUCCAGUCCAAGCUGCAAUCAACGAGCUCUCUAAGCUUGUGGUUUCACAAAUUUUAAAUCUCCAGGCAGAGAACCUGGAUUCUUAACUGCCACUAGCAAUUGCCAUACAGUAAUUAUGGACUGUAAGAUUUUAAUCAUAUCUUGGUUAUGCCGGGUGCUACUAUACUUUCUUUUCAAGCACCGUGUGCUGUUAAUCCACCUUGUUAAAUUUAUAACAGUAGUAGUCAUUUUAUCAUUGUUUGAUGUACACUGCAGAGGGUGAACUGUUAUAUGCUCAUGUAAUGUCUAACGAAUAACCAAGCUAUACAUAGGUGUGGUUAGUCUUAUUUUUCACUUCA